ACCACUUGAAUCAUGUAAUGUUUGGAAACCUGUCACAACAGUUUUAUUUCAAAAAGACUAUACAAAGGCUACAAAAGAGAAACAGAUAAUCGAAGAAAGGCAAGGACAAAAGGUUGCAGAAUAUAAAUCUAAUAAAGAAUUCAAUGCUGCUGCUUAUUUUAAAUUACCAAUUAUUGAUGGUAAACCUCAUUUAAAUGAUGCAAGACAUUCAGCAAUAAAACAAGAACAUCAAUUCAUAUUUUAA